AAACUACUGGUAUCUGUGUCAUCAGGCGUGUUCAGCCUGUAUGACCAUAUCAGGAACACGGAACCCGCACCUGUAAGCUGACGUCAUACGCUGAAAGUACCUGCUGCAACCCGUCGAGCUGAACUCAGUCGGGAGCUGAAACUACCACGAGAGGAGACAAAGAAACAGAGACGAAAUUCGCAAAGGAAUAUAUUUAAAGUUCACUGAAAAAUCCCCUUUUGACAUAAAUUGCCAGGAAUAUUAAAGGAGGAUUUACAGACAGAUGGGGACCGCUCGAUUCGCGGUUUUGGCAAUUUUGGUAAACGUCUUUCAGGCCUCUUUGGUAGUGACUGUUGAGGAGCCAACAUGUGUUCCAGGUUUCAAGUCGAAUAUGUUGAUUUUCAAAGUAUCCAGAAAGCACCUGGAUCGGAUCUUAAGACUGGGAAAAGUGGGCUUCACUGACUGCUCAGACCGUACAACAUUUUUGUUCAGCAGUGAUGACAACCAUUUCGUGGUGCAGAAAGAUGGCAUAUUGAAGAUAAAAAGACCAUUUGAUAUUCAUGGACAGAGGGAAUUUGUCAUCCACUCGUGGGACUCCCAAGGCUGUAAAAUGAGUGUUCCUGUCAGAGUAUUGCACCAUGAGCAUCACAGUGGAACCCACCACCUACAUGUUAAACAUCACCAUAAUGACCACAAGCACGAUGACCAUCAGCACCACCUUACUGAGGUGGACUCUGCUAAUAACACAAAGAGUACAACCAAUCUACAGCAGCCCAUUCUGCAUUUCCCCAAGUCUGGUGAAGGGCUGAGGAGGAGGAAGAGAGACUGGGUUAUUCCUACACUUACUGUUGUUGAGAAUGACAGAGGACCCUACCCCCUAAAAGUAUCUCAAAUCCGUUCCAAUGAAGAUAAAACAAAGAAGAUCUAUUACAGCAUCACUGGUCCUGGAGCUGAUCAGCCUCCUGCUGGCCUUUUCACCAUGGACAGAGACAGUGGUUAUCUGUAUCUCACAGAACCACUAGACAGAGAGGAACAAGACAGGUAUAUGUUUCAAGCACAUGCUGUAGCAGAUGGUUCAGGAAAUGCUGAGGAGCCCAUGGAAAUUGUAGUGAAAGUAAUUGACCAGAACGACAACAAACCUGUUUUCACUCAAGACACCUACCUGGGAGAAGUCGCUGAGGCAUCACCAAAAGGUUUUCAGGUGAUCAAGGUUGAGGCAACAGAUAGUGACCAGCCAAAUACUGACAACUCUGAUAUCCGCUACCAAAUUUUGAGCCAGGAACCACAGUUGCCAAGUGACUUCCUCUUUGACAUCAACCCAGUCAAUGGAGCAAUCAGAGUCAAUGAUGGUCAGCUAGACAGAGAGAAAUACCCAAAGUACACUUUGGUGGUACAAGCAGCUGACAUGAUUGGAGAAGGGUUUACUGGACAAGCCAAAGUCAUUCUCACUGUCACAGAUAGCAAUGACAAUGCUCCAGCCUUCACUCAGUCCUCUUAUGACGCAGCAGUUGCUGAAAACAAAGUGGACAUUCAAGUCAUUACGAUGUCAGUAACAGAUGGUGAUCAGCCACAUUCCCCAGCCUGGAAUGCCAAGUUCACGAUUGUCGAUGGUGACCCUGGAGGACAUUUCACUGUGAAAACAGGAAGUAACAAACAUGAUGGAAUCAUUUCUAUUGCCAAGGGUCUUGACUUUGAGAGGAGCAGCAAGCACACUCUGCUGGUUGCAGUGGAAAAUGAGAUUCCUUUUGCUAAUUCACUGCCUACCGCCACUGCCACAGUGGUAGUGAAUGUGCAGGAUGUCAAUGAGGCACCAGUGUUUGAGCCAUUACAGAAGCACGUUUCUAAACGGGAGGAUCUUGCUGUUGACAGUGAUGUGGUGCGAUACACUGCUUCUGACCCAGACACUGCACGCAAGCAAAAAGUCAUGUAUAAAAUAAUUAGAGAUCCUGCUGGCUGGCUGAAAGUGGGCAAAGAGACAGGAUUGAUCAAAGUUAAAAGUGUCAUGGACAGAGAAUCCCUCUUCGUUAAGGACAACAAAUACACAGCACUCAUUGGUGCAUAUGACAAUGAUGAAAUCCCAGCAACAGGAACGGGUACUCUAAUAAUCCAACUUGAAGAUGUCAAUGACAAUGCACCCACCAUUGAGGAACGUGCAAUCAAGGUGUGUAACAAGGAAUCAGCUCCUCAGCUGCUAUCAGUAACAGAUAAAGACGGACCAGGCAAUGCAGCUCCAUACAGUGUCUCUUUACAGGCCAUGUCAAAGACCAACUGGACUGCUAGGAUGAACGAAUCCCAAACAGGCAUCAUCCUGAAUUUAGCUACUGAGCUAGCCAGGGGAGAGUAUACUGUGGUCCUGAGGGUUUCAGACAACAAUGGCAUGGAGCAGGACAGCACUGUCCAGGCCACAGUGUGCGACUGCACUGGGAAAGAGGUAAUCUGCAAAGGUCGUGUGGCAGGUGGCACUGAACUGCCCGUAAUCCUGGGAAUACUGGGAGGCAUCCUGUUACUCCUAAUGCUGGUGCUGCUGCUGCUGCUAUUCGCGAGACGAAGAAGAGGCGAGAAGAAGGAACCUCUACUGCAAGAUGACGAUGUCAGAGACAACAUCUAUUACUAUGAUGAAGAGGGAGGUGGUGAGGACGAUCAGGACUAUGAUCUGAGUGUUCUCCACCGUGGUCUGGACAAUCGUCCCGAGGUGUUCAGAAAUGAUGUGAUGCCAAACUUCAUGCCGGCUCCUCAGUAUCGACCUCGCCCAGCCAACCCAGAAGAAAUUGGCAACUUCAUUGAUGAUAACCUGAAGGCAGCCGACAACGACCCAACAGCACCCCCCUAUGACUCCCUGUUGGUAUUUGACUAUGAAGGAGGCGGGUCUGACGCAGGAAGCCUCUCCUCUCUAAACUCGUCGAGCAGCGGAGACCAGGAUUACGACUGCCUCAAUGAGUGGGGACCUCGCUUCAAGAAAUUGGCCGACAUGUACGGAGGAGGAGAAGAUGACAUGCUGUAAAUGUACUAGAUUAUAAAUAAUAUGGAAGGGUAGAUGCACAUACGGCAGUGUGAAUGUUAGAUCAGUGUAAGCAUGAACUGAUAAAUGACUUUAUCCCAGAAAAACUAAAGCACAGCCAGAAAAAAAAAAGAAGCAUCUGUGGGUCUACUUA